AUGCAGGUUUUCCAGUCAAACUGUUCAUUACCUUCCAGCACCGGAAUCUCCCAAUACAUCUCCAGCCCCAACAUUCGCGGCACGCUCGACAUUCUCUGGACCUGCAUCAGCCUCAUCCUCCUCUGCACUUGGAGCAUCAUCCACCUGAACGUUCCUAUCGAAACCAAGCCCACCACCUCUAGCGAACACUUCCACCACGAGGCCUAUCUCGCCGCCCGGAAACUCUGGUGGAUGUUUAUCAACGUGCUGGCUCCUGAGGUGAUCAUGGGGAAAGCUGUGAUGGAUCUGCUUUCCGCGCGGAGCGCGAAUGGACACUUGAAGUCUUUCGCGAGCAAGGAUGACGUAGAAUGGAGCCUCUCGCACACGUUUUUGGCCAAUAUGGGCGGGUUCGCGGUGGAUUUUGGGAACGGAAACGGUCGGCGUGAGGCUGAGAUCCCAACUCCGCAGGGACUACGUCCGCCCAUUCCUCUAGGGGAAGGUGUUUCUGGUUCAACUACAGCAGCUACCACAGAUGACUUAGAGCAAAACCGACCUGCAGUCAAAUCAAUCACUGCUGUCGCAUCUUCGACUGUAUUGGAAAGCAACGAUAAAGUCGGUGUUGCAGAGCGAGAUCAUGCUUCCCUCCGCCUCCGCGAAUUCUACGCCGUCCGCAUGUCCCGCUCCCGCUAUCGCUACGGCGUGAACCUCUGGUCGAGUCUGGCUAUGGGUCGGCCACGAUGGACCAGUGACGACCGGUUCCUCCCUCUGAUACAAGAACUACUUUCUCACGUCUCAUGGUUGCACGUCGGGCAUCAGAAAUACACUAGCUACUACUACAACCUCAUGGCUCUGCGAGGCCACGUGUGGAUCCUGGACGCGCAUCAGUUGCUUUACGCUAGGGAGCAUGGGUUGAUUGCGAAAUUGCCGCAGAUCUCGGAGAAUGAGAUCGAAGACAAGAAUAAGGGCGAUCCGAUCGUGAAAGCUUUGGCGAUAGUUCAGGCCCUGUGGUUGGGGAUUGAACUGAUCAUGCGAUGGGUCCAGGGCCUGCCGAGCAGUCAGCUGGAGGUCAUGACGCUGGCGUUUGCGGUGUGCAGUUUCCUUACAUAUUUGAUGCUGUGGAGUAAACCGAAAGAUGUCAUGACACGGGUGCAUGUACCGGCCGUGAAGGUGCCAACGGUGGAGGAUAUCGGAACGUUGGGAAGACUCGGUCCUACGACGAUUUGGUACCUGCGAGCAGAGUCGUGGAUUCCGAAUAAUGGGAUACAUUAUUUGAACCUCGACGAGAGCAGGUGGAUGAAAAGGAUAGCUGGAGGCGUGCCGUUGCGGAUUGGAUCGAUAGGAUCUGUCAUUGGCGCAAUGGUCUUUGGGUCGGUGCACUUGAUCGCGUGGAACUUUGAUUUCCCGACUAAAGGGGAGCAACUGGCCUGGAAGAUUGUGUGUAUUGUGACCAUCGUCACGCCGAUCGGUAUCGGUUUAUUGAUGAUGUAUGGGGUAGUAUUGGGCAGAUGGGUCUUUGGAUGGACGCUCUGGGGCGUUCUUAAAUUGAUCAUGUGGAUCAUGGGAGCGUUGAUGGUGACAUAUUGUUUCGGGAGAGGAUUCAUUAUCGUGGAAGCUCUGCGGUCCAUUUUCUACCUUCCUAGUGGCGCAUAUGUUGCGACGGAGACGUGGAAUGUUCCGCACCUGGGUUGA